AUGCGUGUGGUAUUCACUGCAGUGGCCACUAUGGCUGCUCUGCUUGCUUGCAGUGACUCGGUCCCGACGGCUGGUGAGCCGGAGGCUGUUCUCGAGCACGACGUCUCGCUGUUUGUGGCUCGUGGGACGGAUGGCGACGCCUACGGAGAAGACGCGAAGAGGCUGUUGAGGGCUAGUGGAGACAAGAACGAUGUGGUACCAUCACUGGAGUCCGAUGAGGAGGCGCGUACGGUUGUCAACACUGCCGCCAUUGAAAAACUAGAUACGGUCAGCACGGUCUUAGCCUCUGGCAUGUUUGGGAAGGCUACGAAGCAGGCGCGCGAUACUGCCGUACAGGCAGCUGCUGCCGCCGCCGACGAAAUGGGAACAGUCACCAAGAUCUUAGCUAGUGGCGUCUAUGGGAAGACGACGAACGAGGUGAAGGACGCUGCGCGACUGAAAGCUUUAAGGCAAAUGGCAAGCGACUUCAUGCGACGAUCGGUGAAGAGGACCCAGAAGGGUGCGAAAGGAGCGGGUGCAGAGCUGGACGCAAAGCAGCGGGCGUAUAUGAAGAAGAUCAUUGCGCUCUUCGACGAACUUGCUGCCGGUCUGACGGGCAAAGAAACCGCCCGUGCAUUCAAAAAGGUCCCGGGCGGAACGCUCAAAAAUACCAAGGAGGCGGAUGAUGGUGGUGUCCUAGCUGGUGGGGUACUUCGUAAGAAUACCGAGGAGGCGGAUGAUGGUGGUGUCCUAGCUGGUGGGGUACUUCGUAAGAAUACCGAGGAGGCGGAUGAUGGUGGUGUCGUAGCUGGUGGGGUACUUCGUGAUAGUCCUGCUGCUUAG